AUGUCUGAUGAGGUAGAGGCAGCAGCGGCUGCUGACACAGGGGAGGAGGCCGCUGAGGUGGCGGUGGCUAAGAAGAAGGAGCAGAGGCUGCUUGCAGCCCGCUAUGUGCCCGCAGAAGCCCCUACCCCCUCUCAGCAGCGCUGCUUUUCAAACAUGGCACUGCCUGCUCUGAACCGCAGAGCCUCUUGCAGUCACCUGGCGGAGAUGGUGCGCCCCUGGCCUGCUUGUGGCCCUGACUUGGUCCCGGCCCCGGGUCCUCAGAUGCUGGGUGCGGACCCGAUCGCAGCCUACAGCUUCUUCCAGCAACACAGGCUGACCACCACAGUUGAGGAUGUCUUGGGGAGCAGAGAUUGUGACCUCACCAUCUGCAGCCUGAUGCCUGUGCAGUACAUCCUUGGGGACUGGGACUUUUGCUGGUUCAAUCUGAAGAUGACAACCCCAGUGUUCAUUCCUCAACCAGAGACAGAGGAAUUGGUAGAAUGAGUGUUGGAGGAGGUGGCCCAGCAUCCCCAUGUGUCUGGAACCCAAGGUGGCCCUCUUAUUCUGGAGGUGGGCUGUGGGUCAGGAGCUGUUUUGCUCAGCCUGUUGAAGCAGCUUCAUGAGAGCCAAGUCAUUGCUGUGGAUAAGGAAUAAGCCUCCAUCAGACUGACCCAGAACAAUGCUCAAAGACUUAGGUUGCAGGACAGAAUUCAGAUCAUCCCCCUGGAUGUGACCUUAGAGGGGAGCUGGGCAGUCCUUCUGCCCUGGGCACCCCUGGGCCCGCUUAUCAGCAACCCUCCCAAUGUCUUCCACCAGGGCAUGGAGAAGCUGGCCCCUGAAGUCCUCAGGGUGAGCAGUGAGAAGGAGGAGCUCGCCAGCAUCCUGGACUCAGAGCUGCAGAUGAAGAAACAUCUGUGGGAACACCAGCUGUCAGCACACAUCCGAACUACCAAGGAGUCCCUCAUGGUGUGUAAAGAGCAGAUGUUGGUCCUGAAUGAGCUGUGUUGGGAGAAAGCCCAGUGCAUGCACUGGCUGUACCAGGAGAAGAUCAAGAAGAGGAGAUGCUGUGGGAGCUGCUGUCAGUCCUCGCAAGGGAAGGCACAGACAGCAGUCUCCAGAUGCCAGCACAGGCUGAGCCUCCCACCCUCCUCCCCAACACUGCUUCAGAAGCAACUUGAAGACAGCAUGGAGACUGCCAGAGGAGAGAUUGAUGUGGAUGAUGACUCUCUAUGUGACAUACUGACUCUCAAAAGCCUUGGCAGCCACCAGAAGUAG